CAUAUUUCAGGUACCUAUUAAAAUAAUUUUAAUACUUGAUAAUAUAAAAAGCGUACACAAUAAAGUUACAAUAAAAAUUGUAAGAGAUUUUAGUGUAUACCUGUGGUGUUUAUCGUGUACGUAUACACAUUUUUUCUUAUUAACUCAAUUUUAUCACAGUAUUAUUAUGAUUUUAGGCAAUUUUACCUUGACUAAUUGUUUAAGUAUAAUUUAGGGAUAUAUUUAAGUGAUAUUUAUGAACAGUUGUCAUAAAAUGCUGCGCAAAACAAUUUUCAUUUGGAUUAUUUCCUCAAUUUCUUUUGUAUAUGUUAUCGGAAAAGAUGUGAAACACCGACAACCGAGUAAAAUAAGUGAGUGUCUUCAGUGCAAGGCGUAUAGUGAUUCCUUUAAUAACUGGCUAGAGAAGACUUCCCGUGGGAAGUUUGAAGGUGGAGAUGCUGCUUGGGAAGAAUCGAAAUUAAAAGCAUAUGCACGAAGUGAGGUUAGACUAGUCGAAAUACAAGAAAAUCUUUGCUCUGAAUUAAAUUUACAUAAAGACGAGUGUUACUCAAUUGCAGAACAGGCCGAGCAUUUAGUAGAAAGAUGGUGGUUUGAGGAGAUUGAUAAAUCAUCAGAUCUAUACACUUGGCUCUGUAUGGAUAUUCUAAAGUUUUGCUGUCCAAAAAAUCACUUUGGUGAGUCAUGCGAAUCCUGCCCUUUGCAGGGUAAUAAGAUUUGUAGUGGACAUGGUAUUUGCAAUGGAGAAGGAACAAGAAAAGGAGAUGGUUCUUGUAUUUGCAAUAAAGGCUAUAAAGGUGAACUCUGUGAUCAGUGUGAAUUAAAUUAUUUUAAUGGUGAAGAAGAUGAGUGCAAACCAUGCCAUAAAGCAUGUCAAGAGUGCUUCAGUUAUGGGCCAGACAGGUGUAAAGUUUGUGCUUCUGGAUGGCAAUUACAAGAUGGUAUCUGUAGUGAUAUCAAUGAAUGUACUUCUAGCUCAAUCUGUAAGAGUAAUCAAUUUUGUGUCAAUAAUAUAGGUUCAUACCGUUGUUUACCAUGUGAUAAAUCUUGUAGUACAUGCUCCGGACUUGGUCCAUAUAAUUGUACUUCAUGUAAGCCAAACGAUAGACUAUGGUCUGGACAGUGUAUGGAUGAUAAAACAACUAAUGCACAUUUAUCUAGUGCUGAUAAAAGAUUAUUCUUAUAUGUUUCCUUAAAUACUUUAAUGUAUCUUUUUUACCAAAAAGCUAAGCCAUUAGCUGUAGUGAUGGGAGCCUCACUUUCCAUUUUGAUAUUUAAAUUGGAGAGUGUAUCUGAUAUAACUGUAAUAGAUACAGUUAAAAAUUAUGUAAUUAUAUUUUUAAAAGCCAAUGAAUUGCUGUGAGUAAAUGAAAAACAUUGCUAAAGGUGUAUUAAAAAUACAUUUUAUUGUGAAAAGGUUCAUAGCUACAUUUUAGUAUCAUUUAUAUACAAAAAUUAAAUAUAAAAUCCAAAUAAUACAAAAUCUAACCUUAUAGGUACAUACUCUACACACAACAUCAGAGAUAACAAAAAUCAAAAUUGGGUAUGAAUAAAGGUAACCAUAUUUAAAAUGUGUUACUAGAUUUUACCUUACCAAAGUGUAAUAAUAAUUACAUUGGCCGCUGAUUUGGCAGUGUAAUUUAUUGUCACUGUACUGGUUUUAAGUUGUGAACUUUGUGAUACUAAAUAUAAUUAUAAUAAAAAAUUAAGUUAUACAUUAACACAACACAUAAAAACUGCAACUUUUCAAGACAUUUGAUGAAUAUAUUGUUGCUUGUCAGGAAGGAAAACUUUAGCUACCAAGUGCAUUUUUUAUAAAACCAAAUGUAACAAGUAAAUGUGUGAUAGCAAGCUACAGUUAAAAGUAGUUUUCAAAUGUUUAUAAGAUAUUACAACAUGAAAUUUAAAUAUUAAGCACAAAAUAAAGAAUACUGUAAACAAAGUAAUUCAUAUCCAUACCCUCUCAGUAAUAAUUUUAAGUCUAAAACUUAAAUACAACACUGUCUAUUCAAUUUUCUCUUUAAAUUUUGAUAAAAUGGCUUGUGCAAAUAAUAGUACAAAUAAUGUUACUUCAUUUCAUAUAUAAAUAACAAUAUGUAAUAAUAACCAAAAUUAGAAUAAUAAAGUUAGAGUUAGUAUAAAUACUACAUACACAAGUGAAAUACUAAUAUUUGUGUUAUACAUAAUGUCAUAUCUAAAAUAUUGUGUAAAAGCUGUCAGAAAAUAACUGUGACUCAAUAAAGCUAAAAGGAAAGUACACAAUAUGCAACUAUUAUUACUACAUUUUUAUGUCACUACAUUUUCUUAGUAUUUUUUCAUGUCUAUUUAUAAUGGUAUACAGAUAUUGAAACAAAAUAAAUCACUUUCAAAUGGA